UGGGCUUUCUCCUGGUGGCGGGGCAGCUCGCGGCGUUUUGGGGGGCGCUCGUGGCCGAGGUGAUCCUGACUGCAAGGAGUGCGCGUCUGGGGCAGACAUCCUCGAGACCGCUCGUGCUGAGGGCGGCUGGGGCGAGCGCCGACGUCCGCAUACUUUGUCAGCACUCAGCUCUCCUUGGCAGGAAAACUAAGAAAGGAAAUGGCUGUGGAUUUGCUGGCGGCUCGAGGGACAGAGCCUGUGACGUUCAGGGAUGUGGCCGUGUUCUUCAGCCAGGAUGAGUGGUUGCGUCUGGACUCUGCACAGAGAAGCCUGUACCGGGAGGUGAUGCUGGAGAACUAUGGCAACCUGGCCUCCCUGGGGAUCCAGCUUUCAAUACCUUGGGUGAUUGGCAAACUGCAAAAAGGACAAGAUCCCUGCAUAGCCAGAAAAGAUCGUGAAGACACCUGCCGAGAUUUCCAGAUUUGGCCAGAGUUAGAAACAUUGCUUCCCAAACGAGAUAUUUUUAUUGAAGAAGCAUCUCAUGGACUAAUAAACCAUGACUCCACUGAGAGUGCUCACUGGAAAACCAACUUUGGAAAAGUUGUGAAAUCUGAGAGCCUAACAACACAGGAGCAAGAAAAGAAAGUUCAUGAGCAGGGGGCAGCAUCACCCAAGGAAACUGUCAGUGAAGAUGGAAAUCCCACAGACCCUGAGCUGGGGAAACCCUUGCUUACAGAUAAAGCGCUUGUCUCACAAGAGAGUGACUCCCUAGAAAGGGAACCUGAUAUGUAUCACACUUUAGAGAAGGAUUUACCACAGGAUUUUGAUUUAAUGAGAAGCUUCCAGAUUUACCCAGGACAAAAACCUUAUGCCUGCAGUGAAUGUGGGAAGAGGUUUACCCAGAGUCUUCAUCUUCUUGAGCACAAGAGGCUUCACACUGGGGAGAAACCUUACAAGUGUAGUGAGUGUGGGAAAAACUUCAGUCAUAGAUCUUCCCUCCUGGCUCACCAGCGAACCCACACUGGAGAGAAGCCAUACAAGUGUAGUGAGUGUGAGAAAGCAUUCGGCAGCAGUUCCACACUCAUUAAACACUUGAGGGUGCACACUGGAGAGAAACCUUACCGUUGCCGGGAAUGUGGGAAGGCCUUCAGCCAGUGUUCAACCCUCACUGUGCACCAGAGGAUUCACACCGGGGAGAAGCUCUACAAAUGUGCCGAGUGUGACAAGGCCUUUAAUUGCAGAGCAAAGCUUCAUAGACAUCAGAGAAUCCACACAGGGGAAAAACCCUAUAAAUGUGCUGAGUGUGGGAAAGGCUACAGUCAGUUCCCAUCCCUAGCUGAACAUCAGAGACUCCAUACUGGAGAAGAGCUUUGCCAGUGCUUACAGUGUGGGAGAACCUUUACACGCGUCUCCACCCUUAUUGAACAUCAGAGAAUUCAUACUGGACAGAAACCAUAUCAGUGCAAUGAAUGUGGGAAGACCUUCAACCAGUAUUCAUCCUUCAAUGAGCAUCGCAAGAUCCAUACUGGGGAGAAGCUAUACACAUGUGAAGAAUGUGGGAAAGCCUUUGGCUGUAAGUCCAACCUUUAUCGACAUCAGAGGAUCCAUACUGGAGAGAAGCCCUAUCAGUGUAAUCAGUGUGGAAAGGCCUUCAGCCAGUAUUCGUUCCUCACUGAACACGAGCGUAUCCAUACUGGAGAGAAGCUCUACAAGUGCAUGGAAUGUGGGAAAGCCUAUAGUUAUAGGUCAAACCUCUGUAGACACAAAAAAGUCCACCUGAAAGAAAGGCUCUACAAAUGGAAGGAAUACGGGACACCUUUUAUCUAUGGCUCAUCCCUCACUCCAUAUCAGAAAUUUCUGAGAGGAGACAAGCCUGAAAAUUUUAAUUCAUCCCUCUAAUCCAAGACAGCAACCAGAAGAGUAGUAACUAGAGUACAAAUCAAAAUGGAUUUCAUCUUUUUUACUUCUACAACAAAUAAUUACUACUAAGUCAUGGACAAUUGAACAGUAAAAUACAAAGGAUGCUGGUGUCAAACAUUUAAGAACUACUACAAAAAGAUUUUUAAAUCUGUCAUUUUUUUAAAUUCAUAGAAAAAGUUUGAAA